AUGACACUCAUUCACAUGGUUAUGUUCAAGUUCCGUCCGGAAGUCACACAAGAACACAAGGAUACCUUCGUGCGCGAGCUCAAGAAGCUGAAGGAGCUGGAUUGCGUUAAAGCGCACCGUCUCGUUGUUGGCGGCCCGUCAGUCACGGAUCCUAUUGAAAGAAGCAAGGGCUUCGAAUUUGCACUUCUCAGCUUCCAUGAAAAUCUUGCUGAAUUGGAAAAGUAUCAGGCCAGCAAGGAACAUCACUGGGUCACGAGCACAUACAUGUUUCCAUUCAAGGAGGAUUUGAUUCGCUUUGACUUCGAAGUUUCUCCUGAGGAUGAAUAUAUGUGGAAUUUCUUGCCGAUUCCGGGUGUGAACGGCCAGCAGUCUGGCAACCAAGAACUUUGA